CUGCGUCUCGUCCGCCGCGAAACGCGAUUUCGACACGCAAUAUACAUACGCGACUCGCUCGAGAAUCUGCCGGGGGACGUUAUUACGCGGGAAAAUGGGCAAGAUAGCGCGGGGCAGCACUGACCGAGACGACGCGUCGACGCCGAGGCCGCGGCGGAAGCGGCGGAAGAGGGACCUCGACCGGAUGCACUCGAAGAUCCUGCAGGCCAAGCGGAAGUUGGAUAACGCUGGGAAGGAUGGCAAACGGAAGAAGCCAAACCAAGGAAAGAUCUGCAACCGACUUCUGCCGGAACCUACUGCUGGUAUAUUCAGAAAUGGCACGAAGGGCAAAGAGAUCCAGAAAGCGGACAAGUCGCAAAGUACAUUCCACACAGCCCGGCUGAAGGCGGACGCGUUGAAACUUUUUAACGGUGACACUCGAGGAUCCAAAUGUAUAGUGAGUGUACCGACGCAGGAUAAAACCACUGAACAAUCGUCGAAUAAAGAUUGUAUGAAGAGUAGCUUGGAAUGGACCCUGGAGCAAAGCCCUGUUCUGAAACCAAGUCGGAAUCAGAAGCCAUGUCUUGUUAGAAAGAAAGGCGAAGAAAACCUCUUUGAAGUCACAGAUUCUAACACAAUUAAACAAAGUGUCAGCGACGAAUCGAGACAUGGUUCGAAGGAAGACGUAUGUAAACGUAGGCUCUUCCAAAAUGACGGAGAACAAUCUGAAACUAUUAUUGCGCAAAUAUCAGAUAACACUGAUGUCGCGAAGGAAAGUAGAAUUAAUAGAACAGAAACAGAGUAUUCAAAUAAGAGCAAGCAUCCAUGUGACCCAUUAAAUUGCUUUAUGAAGUUCUGCAAAAUUUCUGCGGAAAAAUUUGAGACGGACAUUCUAAAAACUUAUUCGGAUCCUGUUGCAACAAAAAUUAAAAAAUUAAAACAUGCGUACGCUAAUUCUUUUCGUCAACAACUUUUGCGCAAAAGGAAUAAUCAGGAAUCGGAGAAUGUGGAACCUACACGCUCCGUGGAACAUCAAGCUUGUUCAUUCUCGGACGUUUCGCAGUUUUCACCUGUCGAAUUCGAAGUUCCUAAGUGCAGUGAAACUCGUAUCACUGCAGCUCGUCUUCAAGAAGAUUCGCCUCCUCAAAAGAUUCGCAGGUCCCGUUUACAUGUCGAGCCUAAAAAAAAUAAUGACGCAACGCGCAAUAGUUCUGCAUUUUGUUCAUCACGAAAUACUUUUGCACAACCCAAUACAAAUGACUCCGUCGUGAAAAAUUGCGAAAAUAAUGAUAAUCAACAUUCGAAAACAUUCAAAGAUAUUCGUCCACUUUCGAAAUCAACGAGAUUUUAUUCUAUGAACGAUAAAGAUUUUGUUCAAUUAGAUUUUCAGAAAAAUUCUAAGCACGCUAAUUAUCUUUCGAAAGAUAAACGACAUGAUAUAGAUGAUUUUUCGAUUGACAUUCCUUAUGGGAAUUUACGACACGGUGAAAAUUCGAAACGCUUAGAAUCCACAAUGUUUCGCAAAAGUGGAAUGUUUUAUGACUCCACAGUAUCAAAGAGACAUUUUUCAGAAGAUUAUUCCCGUGCAAAAUUGCCGACUACUGUUUCCGAUAUCUGUACAUCAAACAUAUCUGAAAAAUGCAACAACGAAACACAUGAAUGUAAUGCGAAGAAUGUUAAACGAGUACCUACCAUCCUUCGUCGAUAUAACUACGUCACCAGUAAAAAACCUAAUCAUUCUGUACAGAUAAUUGACGAUUGUGCAGAAGGCUUAUGCAAGAAGUGUGAAAGUAACUUUCAUAGAAAUCCAAGCGAUAGUAUUGAGAAAGAAUAUGAAACUGUAUUUCCAAACGUGUCGGAAAAUCUUCCCACAUCUAGUACAAUGAACGCGAUAUUUGAUCAACAAAUACAGGAGCCUCAAAUUGGAACGAUGAGAAUAAAGGAUUCGCAAGAGUCCCAAGUCGAACAUUUCGAUAUAAAUAUGUAUCCUAGGGAACAUAACGAGAAAAACGUAUUUUACCGAUACAAUAGCUCUUUGUAUCCGCGAACUUACGAAGCUUCACACGAUACAAAUGCAUAUUCCGGAACAUUGCCUCAACGAGACCAAGUCUCGCCAGUUCUAAAGAGAUAUAAUUUUCAUUCAAAUAAUCGUUCGAUUAACUACCUUCAAGGUGCGAGUUCUAAUUUCAAUGUAGAGCCAACAAAAGAGUUUCCUCGGCAGACCAAAUUACACGCGUUGGAAACCAACAAGCAAUUGCUUUUCAGAAAAAAUACACGCAGUCAGAAUCAAAAUAUUUUCAAUAGUGCUAACGACAGAGUGCCGACGUCAAUUGACUUUCCCCAAAACAUUCAAAUCGAAGAAAAAUCAUGCCUGGAAAUAUUUGAUAAAAGAGACGCAGAGCGCACCAGUUAUCAAAUUAAUCAGAAUGCGGAUCAUUUCAACGAACAGUAUAUUUAUUGCGAUUCUGCCAAUUAUCCACGCAAAUAUAAGGGACAAGCGCAUUAUUGUAAAGAAACUGCUCAGCCUGAAAAUUUACGCGACUCCAGAGGCUACAAUAACAGCGUAGAUGAUUACGUUCAUUUAUCUAACACUAUGCGAGAUGUACCGUCGUUACCACCGAAGCAAAAGAAUAAUCUACACGUGUAUCCAAAAGCGAUCGACGAUCAGUAUCGCACAGUGUUAUUGCAAAAUGUCACUCAACCUGUAAAAUAUUUAGCUGUAAAAAACGGUUCGGAGAUCCAAAGAAUACCCGUGUAUAUAAGUGACAAGAGCGCUAGAGUUGCGGAAAAUGGUCCGUUAAAAUUAGUAGCUCUAAUGGAUCCGGGUACCCAGACAGAAGCGCAAGAAAUUGCGACGCGGGCAGUACCGUUGCAAAUGGACAGUUUGCAAUUUAACGACUUAGCAAAGAACAUCCACAGAAUACCCGUGUAUAUAAGUGACGGGAGUGUUAGGGUUGCGGAAAAUGUGUUCCGUUAAAAGUAGUAGCUUUAAUGGAUCCAAGUACCCGAACAGAACGCAGACGCAGGUAGUGCCGCUGCAAACGGAUGGUUUGCAAUUUAACGACUUUGCGAAACGUAAGGUAAGCGAUGAAUUUUUCGCAAAGCAUGUGGGUUCCGUGAAUGCGAUACUGUUAAAUCCGGAGUCACAGUCUAAUAUUUAGCAUAUGCUUCGAAUUUGCAAUGGAUACACGAUUACACCACAUUGUACACAUAGUUGAUCGUAGCGGCACAGCACAUCGAUCAUGUUUCUUGCGAGGAAAAUAUUGUAGUUACGAGAGGAUGCAUCUUUCUUUCCAUACGCAUAAACAAGUGUUAUUAAGAUAAGAGUUAUAAGUCUGCCUCGAAAGAUAAAGUUAUGUCUACUUAUUCUACAUAUUUUGUGGAAAGAUAGGAAUCUCAGAAAGUGAUAAUAUUUUCGUAAAUGCCUUGUGAUAUUUGUUGAUAAUUGAUACACGCUUAUACACACGUGUAUGUUGUGUGUGUAUAUAUAUAUAUGCGUGUUUUUCCUCAUUUAUCUUUCUACAAAUGUGAAAGACAAUAUAUACUUCUAGCACCAGGUAUUUCCUUAAUAAUAAUGAAUAUAUUUUAUUUGGUAUGGAAAAUGAAAGUACAAAACUACCUGUGAUAGUUGGAACAUAUAUGUAUUAUUUAUGUUACCGUUAAGUCAUAAUUCUUGGACAUCAAAUGUUUAACAUAGGAGAAAUUCAUCUUUCGUCAAUCUCACAGCAAUAUCGGUACAUAUAUUAGUGAAUUUCUGAAUAAGUGUGAUAAAGGCUUGUAAAUAAAUGUCGCAGAACGCAAAGU